AUUGGUUUUGCUAAUAAUCAACCUAUUCAGUAUUAUUAUAAAUUUCUAUUGAAAAAACUGGAUAUAGCAUAUAGUAACGUAAAAGUGUGAAAGUUAUUUAUCUGCCUAUGAUAAAAAAACACAUCAAGCAUGCAAUAGUGUGGUGUUUCUUCACUAUAACAUACAAAACAGUAAUAACCCAGGAUCCUGUUGCAAUUAUACCACAAGGACGCAUCGUCGGUAUCAAAGUGUACGCAGAAGGAACCUUGAACCCUAUAGAAAUAUUUUUUGGAGUGCCAUAUGCAAUACCACCAGUCGGCCGAUACAGGUUUGCAGCGCCUGAAAGACACACUGGUUGGAGACGUAGUACGUUUUUCGCCAAUCGCAUGCCACCAUUGUGCCCACAAGUUGGUUACGAUGAAAAUAAUAAUAUAAGCGAAGACUGUCUCUUCCUUAAUAUAUGGACAUCACGGCGUGCCGAUGGAAAAUCGCUGCCAGUGCUCGUAUUUUUUUAUAGUGAAACAUGGUUAGAUGGAGGAAUCUCACUACCUUGCCAAAAUCUAGCAGCAGAAGGUGUUGUGGUUGUUACGGUUUCUUACCGCCUCCAUCUUUUAGCUUUUUUUACACUAAAAUCUUCAGAGGCUCGCGGAAAUCUGGCACUUCUCGAUCAAUAUUUGGCUCUUCUGUGGAUACGUGAUAACAUAGCAGCAUUUGGUGGAGAUCCUACUUCUAUUACUUUGGCAGGACAUUCUGCCGGAGCUGACAGUAUACUUUAUCAUUUAGCUUCACCUCGCUCAGUUGGUUUGUUUCAGAGAGCUAUUAUCAUGUCUCCCAAAAAUCCUUGGAAAAUAUUAGAAGAUAACUAUAAGUAUGCAAAUGUGACAGAAAAAACUUCCAGAGAGGUAGCACAAAUCUUCGGAUGUGAGGGAAAAUCCGAUAAAGAAAUUGUACUUUGCAUGAGAGCACGGCCGUUGUCAGAUAUUAUGACAUUAUACUCUAACGCCUCUUGGGGUCCAAUGCUGCAGCCAAUACCUGAUGAUUUUUUAUCAGAAUCUGAACAAUAUUUACCAACACCGUUGACAGUUGCGCUAUCCUCAAAACAAAGCAUGCAACUUGACCUACUUUUAGGUGCCACAGACCUUGAAUCUAUAAACUACAAAGAUGAACGCAUUGAAGAACUAAUUAAACAGAGCCCUUCUCAGAUCCACGAAUACACUACCGCUGUUGUCGUUCCAAAAUUAUUACAGAUGUUGACAAUACAAAGGCCUGAAGCAUUAUCUACGCUGAUCCAAGCGAUAAUUUGGGAAUACUGGGGAACAAUGAAAAAGAAAGACAGCGAGCGAAAUUCUCAUGAAGCCAUUGAAAAUCUUGCACGAGUGGAGUCUGCUGCAGUAUGGGGAGCCGGCAACGCCCUAUUGGCAGCCAGAUUAGCGAGGAGAGUAUCCAGACUCUUUGUCUAUCGUUAUUCACAGUCGACUAAAGUUGAUCUUCGCGGAAGACAAUUGAAUUAUACAGGAGCAAUACAUGGCUCUGACUUAUUAGCGCUUUUAGGAGAUACAUUAAUGCUCCAAGUUGCCCGACGCCCCACAACGAAUGAAGAAAAGCAGAUUUCUGCAUUAUUUCAACAUUACAUUAUACAAUUCGUUAAGUAUGGAUCUCCAGCACGAGAUAAUGAAUGGAUAAGGUAUAAAGUCGGAGAUGCACAAAUUCAUGAUAUCGUUUACAGUAGAGAUAAUAUUAGGAAUAAACGUAGUGCAGCAAGAGAUAUAAGUUUUUGGCUACAAUAUCUGCCACAACUUGCAAAUCUUCUUCCAACUUUAGAGCGCACAGAACAGUUAAAAUCGGAAAAAGAUGAAAACCGAUUACGCGGAGGCGUGUUUGCAAUGUGCGGGGUAUCGGUCGUGUUACUAGCAUUGCUCAUCAUCUGUGUCGUCUUAUUACGCAGAGAACAAAUGCAUCGAUCUUAUGCCGCAAGUGAAAUGCAUCACUGACUUUGAAACAUACCUACACAGUUUUCCUCUAUCGUAUUUAAUCGGUUGCUGCGUGACGAAACGGAAGUGACGAAAUAAAAAUACGUUAAUUUAGUUUAAAUUUAUCAUCAUUGUGUGAAGAAAUAAAUGUAGAAUUCAUAAAUAGAUACAUGUAAA